CGCACAGAGCGCGUUGUAGUGAAGACCAAUUAGACGCAGAUAGAGACGCCGUUACGUUGUAGUCCCGUUUAGUGUGUAGUGGCGCCUGUAGGCUGAAUGUCAGCGAGAGCGAAAUGAAUUGUGGUUAGUACUAAAUAAACGUAGAUAGUAAUCGGCGGAUUCGUGCACCUGGUGGGAGUGAAACCAUCAAAUCAUCAGCGGAGCAGGAAAUUGACAGUUGAUUACUACAUUCGAACAAAAUCCGUUACCGAAAAUGAUCGCCCCUACGCCUGUAGGUUUGGAGCUAGAUGAAAACACGCAUAUUCUUAAGGCUACCGAGCUGAAGGCACAACAUUCCACGGGCGAGGCUGGCUUCCACGUCGACGGCGAGGACACAAAGCGCCUGGUCGAGACAGAUGAGAAGGCUCAGGGCACCAGCAACCUCGUCUGGGCGACCUCCAACUUCAUUAAUUCCAUUAUUGGAUCAGGCAUCAUCGGCAUGCCAUAUGCUCUGAAGCAAGCUGGCAUCGGUCUGGGAAUAGUGCUCAUGGUCGUCGUUGCCGUAGUAACAGACUAUUCCAUCCUGCUGUUAAUACGGAGUGGCCAGCUCACCGACACCAACACAUAUCAAGGAAUGGUGCAGGUUGCAUUUGGUCGCGGUGGCUUCUAUGCGCUGUCGAUCAUGCAGUUCCUCUACCCAUUCAUUGUUGGCGAAGAUUCUAUCCUCGGUAAUAGGCACUUCAUUAUCUGCGUGGCCACACUUCUGACGACGUUGCCACUGUCUCUAUAUCGUAACAUCGCCAGACUGGGAAAGAUAUCAUUGGUUGCGCUGGUAUUUGUCGCCUUCAUCGUAGUAGUAGUUCUAGUCAAGACGGCUACUAUUGGACCCCACAUUCCGGUGACGGAAGGUGCUUGGAACUUUGCGAAUAAAAACGUAACACAGGCCAUCGGUAUCAUGUCGUUCGCUUUCAUGUGUCAUCACAACUCGUUUCUGAUCUACGACUCCCUGGAGCAGCCGACGCUGCGUCGCUGGAACCAGACGACUCACAUCUCCGUGUUAGUCAGCUUCCUCACAACCGUCGUGUUCGCGCUCGCCGGUUACAUCACAUUCACGGGACACACGCAAGGCGACGUUCUAGAGAACUACUGCAGGCGAGACGACCUGAUGAACGCCGCGCGCGUACUGUUCGCCAUCACCAUCAUGUUCACCUAUCCGAUCGAGUGCUUCGUCACGCGCGAGGUGCUGGAGAACGCCAUCUUCGUGCAUCGAGGACCCGAGACUAUCGGCAGGCACAUCUUCACAACCAUCGCCAUCGUUGUCGCCACGGUGCUGGCGUCGAUGGCAACCGACUGCCUCGGAAUAGUUUUGGAGCUGAACGGAGUCUUAGCAGCCGCUCCGCUCGCCUUCAUCCUGCCGGCCGUCUGCUACAUCAAAGUUCAGGAGGGCAGCAUUCUGUCGCGUGACAAGUUUCCGGCGUUCCUCUGCGCCCUCUUCGGUCUGAUUGUCGCUGUCGCCGGCCUGGUGCUUGUCAUCUACAAUGUGGCGAUGGGCGAGGCGUGCAGUCACGGCAAGGAGCCGGCCUACUGCUAUCUCGUCGACCACGCGAACGCGAUCCUGCCGCCGGGGCUGCACUUCAACAGCACCGACAUCUACGAAGCGGGGUUCCAGGCAGCGGAAGCCGUUAGCGCUGCGGGAGAAAUGUAAUGAGGUGCUGGCGCACGCACACGCACACACUAACCAGCCGAAACGACCCCACCGCU